AUGCGUUCUGUUCUCUACCUCGCCCUCAGCGCCCUGGCCGCCGUCGCUGUUGCUGACAGCCCAAACCCUUUCAACAUCCCUGGCCAUGGCUAUACCUUCACGGUUGGAGAACCAACCACCCUCAGCUGGAGUCCCACUACCGAGGGAACUGUUACUCUGAAGCUCCUGACCGGUGCUGUAACCAACCCCAAGGAUGGCACUACCAUUGCCUCGAGCAUUCCCAACUCCGGAAGCUACCAAUGGACCCCGCCCAGCGACAUCGCCGCUGAGCCUGACUACACCAUUGAGAUCAUUAACGACAGCGACCCUAGUCAAUACAACUUCCUUCCUCGCUUCGUUGUUGCUGGUGCUACUGGUACUAGCACCACGUCUGCGGCCACUACCGCUUCCCCGACCACUCUUACCACCAAGGCCAGCACCACCUCGCCCACUUCUGCUGCUUCGACCACUAGCGGUACUACCAGUCCUGCUUCAUCCACUACUGGCGCAUCUACCACUACUGGCUCUGCCUCCACUACCUCUGCUGCUGCGUCGACCACUUCUGGUGCUGCCGCCUCUACCUCCAGCGCUGCAGCUUCAUCCACGACCUCUGCCCCCAACAUGAACGGAGCCGGUAUUACCCGCGUUUCGGUUGGCAUGAUGGCCGUCGUCGCUGGCGCUAUCGCAUUCAUCUAA